AUGCAUGAGAGGGACGCGAGCCUGUUGGCACUGCCCACACAGGACUCAAGGGCGCAAGUGGGUCGAGGGAAGCCACAAACAAUUCGCCCGCAUGCCCCACUUGUCGACGUUUGUUUUCCAGCCUUCACCCGUAGACGUGUGAAUGAAAGCCGUAUCCAUAGCUUGCCGAAACAGCCACCGUUGGACUGGAAUAACGUGUUAGGGCGGCGGGCAAAUACAACGCCGCCAAAGAAGGACGUGUUUUUCUCAGAUCCGCCAAAGAACAGCACCUCCACACUCACGCAGGUUGGGAAAAGUGAUGAAUGCAAGACAUUUUCUCCCCGUCCCGUUGGGGGAAGUCUAGUCACUUCUCACGAGGGCACUGCACCGUCUCUUGGUGUGAGUGACGACACCCCACCUGGCAAAAGCGGCAGCAACAGUGAGCAGGGCGCGGGAGAAAAGAGCGCGAAGGACGAAACUCAACUGUCAAGUGUGCCCUGUAGCCGCCUAGAGGAAGAAACCAUCGCAGAGGGCGGCUUGCGGUUGCCAGAGACUAUCCCAGUCUCUCCAAGGUACAGGAACAGUGCGAUGGCGUCCUCCCUUCCUACGCUAAACUUAAAGGGGUGUUUGGCUUCUGACAGAAAGACAGAACAGCACCAGCAACUAACACCGUCAUCGUCCCAUUCGCUCCCGAUGUCGAUAACGUCCGAAAAUGUAGCCAUCACUGCAAGAUUUGACAAGCAAACGGCUAGAAGCAUGAUGCACGACAUGUUUCCCGCAUUUUCCAGGACAAAUUCCAAUACGUCGAGUACUCCCGUGCCGCACGACAGAACGAUGUCUUUCUCACCGAAAUCUCCAAUAUUGCCAGAGUCACCGAAUUUUUUGUUUAUGCGGACAACACCUAUGGGCCAAACGCCACCGUCUAAUAUAUCUACGAGCGCAGUUGCGCCACCUAGUGCCUUUUUCGGGUACAAUGACGACCAAUUCGUGGACAAUGUGAAGAAGAAGAAGAGGCGAACCACUUUGGGAACACCUAUCAAAAGAGCAUAUGCAUCCAUUGUUCGCAUUUUUGGUGGGGAAAAGUCCUCACAGAACGCUGCGUCUGUCGACGUGUCAGCAACGUCCAGUGGUUCACCCUCGAGGUCAACCAUCCAGCGAACGAAGAAGAAGAAGAAGGGUAAGAAGAGGAAUAUUAAAAAUAAAGAGAAUGCGCCCAAUACUUUGCGGAUGGAUCAGUCUGGAAAGAAUUCUCUGGAGGCCGUUUCCGUGUCCACCAUGAAACACGAAACCCCUCCUGGUACAACGACUGUUUCUACCACAGUGGGUGGGGAUAGUACUCUGCCGAGCAUGCGAAACUCGCUUUGUGGCAAUUCAGCUGCGAUUAAAUCCAUGAUCCUCAUGCCGCCAUCUUUUUUGUUGUUGGAAGACGACGUGGUGGAGAGUGCCACUGCUGCGAUAUCCACCUCCACUUCUUCCCAAAAGAAUGUCACGUCUUAUAUCACGCUCGACAAGGGCAGUGGAACGGAUUUGGAGGGUGUGUCGGCGGCACCUGACACGCCGCAGACGCCUGGAACGACUUCGACGGGAUCUAGUGGGACGAAAGGAGGUGAUGAGAACUCUGCCACUGCGAUGGCUGCUUUCUCGGCUAACGGCAAUUUAAGUCUCUCGCUCUUAUCUCUGGAACCGACUCUUGUGGCCUUCGAGAAUAAUACUACAAUCACGACCAAUGGCAAUCUCAGAAACACGUUACAUGACACAUCGAAUGUUGACGCCGGUGGUUCCGUUGGGGUUUCACCGCCAGAGGAACCAAAACCACUUUGUAGAAUAUCCUUUUCCUCAGCGGGUAGUGGAGGGACUGAACCAGCCAAGGCAUUGAAUAAGCCUAAAUCGGCAAAUGACCCCAAGAAUAGUAUAGAAACUAGCCCGGCGUAUUUUCGAUCCAGUGAGAAAAAGAGGGAGAAGACUUUCAACGAACAGGAACAGCAAUUAAAACAAAUACCAAGACUCUCGGCGAUUGAAGAACAAGUUCGUUCUUGCAACAACUUGUUAUCAGUGACAAACAACAACAUGCCAUCCAAUAUGCCGAUUGCCGAUGAUGAGAAACGGGGUGCGAUCCAACAGAAAAAAGGCAAAACGGUCGAAACGGAGCGGAUGAAUGAAAAAAUGGCCACAUACUCCUCACCACGGCCAACGUCGACGGUAGGGCAAAACGGGAGGUCAAUGGAAGAUUUGUUUCCCCACAAUUUAUCUAACAAUGUCUCAACCGGCUCCAACAAUGCUUCUCCCCGUGGUGUGGAUUGGCCAACGGAUAGUUUCUCCACCCAGUUGCCUCUUGCCGGUUCAACGCCCACUCUGAGCGGAGAUACCUCCACCAAGGAUGUUCAGCUCGCUACAUUAUCCCAAUAUGCUCACCGAACGGAGGCCGACCUUUCCAGGUCCACAUUUGGUUCCAUUGGGGCUUGUCUUGCGGUUUCUCAAACACUUCGUGUUAUCAAUUUAAAAGGUUGCAUGAUUGACGAGGAGGGACUCCGUGGACUGGCCGAAAUUUUCACGUUAAAAGUUGUUUGCGUCUCGCACAUACGGCAGUUGAAGUCUUUGCGAUCACUCAUUGAAUGCCGCAAUGGCCGUUUUGCCGAAAUUGAAGAGAUUGAUGCGCAGUGCACCGCCAUACAAAAUGAGGGAAUUGUUGGACUUGAGAAAAUGCGCCGACUACGUCGUUUGUGUUUGAGCAUGACAUGCGUAACGGACGUCACGCGUCUUUCAGCGAGUCGCUCUCUGGAGGAGUUGUUUCUCACGUCAACGCCUGUGACAAGUGAGGGCAUCCUUGGUCUGGAGAGGAUACCGACGCUGAAGACGCUUAACAUUAGUCGCACCAAAGUGCAGUCGUUGCCUAGACUUUACAAGUCAGGUUCUCUGGAGAAACUGAUCUUGUACUCAUGCAAAGUGACCAACGAAGAUCUGCGUCGCCUGGCGCAGAUGCCUCGGCUGGAGGUACUUGAUGUUAGUACAACCAAAGUGACAGACCUUUCCACACUACGUGGGAGCCUUUCGCUGAAAAGCCUAACAGCCCAGUGGUUGCAACUAAUUAAUUGUGAAGAUAUCCUUUUUGAUCGGCUAUCCUCCCGUAAUGGAGAGGCCCAUGCGAAAUCACGCCGAAAAGAUGGAGCGCACUCUAAGAAAAACUCAUGUAUGCCUACCUAUUUGAGCAAAUACCCCAUCGAAAACGACGCGGAAGCUGGAUUCUGUGGCCUGGCGGAUAUCCCAACACUGGAGCAUGUGGACCUUUCACACUGUGCAAUUCGUAGUGUGAAGUCCUUGUUUGUCAGUAAGUCUAUUAAAUCAUUGGUAUUGCGCCGGACACGUGUCGAUAGUAAUGGUAUUAAAGGCAUUGGGAGUAUGCGAUCAUUGCAAGCACUUGUCAUUUCCAAUGUUGCGGAUAGUUUUCUUGCAGAAGAUGCUUCAGAGUGGAGUUCUGCGAGUGGCGUCCUUGUCUCCAUAACGGAGCUUCCCAAUGUGUUAAACCUAUCCGUCUUGGAUCUGUCCUUUACGGAUGUGUAUGAUCUUCGCAUGUUAUCCGCGCUUCCCCUUCUUCGGGAGUUGCGCCUUGUGGAGACACUUAUCACGGUGGACGGUAUACGUGGAAUUGAGAAGCUUCCUUCACUGCACACAUUGGAUAUCUCACAAACAAGUGUUACCUCCCUUCAAUUUCUUUCCUCUGGUUGUCAAUCGUUGAAAAGACUUUUUGUGAGGGCGAACCGUAACACGCGUGGAUUUUGCAUUGGUAACUUGCAUAAACUCCACUCUCUUGAGUUGUUAGAUGUUAGCGACACUGUUGUGGAGGAUAUUAAAAUGCUUUUUCGCCUUUCGUGUCAUCUGAAACAACUUAUUUGGCGUUGGGGAGAGCGGCGGGACGUACGUGGCCUCAUUGAACCCCUUCCAUGUUGGGUGAACACGCCUGUACUGAAGGGUAUUGAAAGUAUGCCAUUUUUGGAGCUUUUAGAUAUCACAAAUACAGCCGUCAGCUCCGUGUCGUUUCUUGCCCAGUCGGCGUCGUUGAGGUGGCUAAAAUUAUCACGGUGUAAGGCAUUAGAUAAUGAUGGUAUUGUGGGGUUACAGAGCAUUCGGACACUGGAGGAGCUUGACCUCAGUCAUGCAACAGGCAUUACGGAUGUUUCUUGUCUCGCCACGUCGCCCACGUUACGUGGGUUGCGGCUUGGAUGGACAGGAGUCACGUUGGAGGGAUUGCAUGGCAUCAAGACGAUACCAACGCUGACAUCACUUGACAUUACUUCCGCACCGGCGGAAUGCGAGAUGAAAGGUGAAGAAAAGGGGAAUACGGUCGUAACCACAGAUGGAGGCAAAAAUAGUCACUUGAAUAGAAAUACGCCUUGUACAGUAAACCCUUUGUUGGGUGGCAUUGCUGGACAUGUGCUGUUGGGGAAGCGCCAGUCUCGGCGAGUUUCUUUUAUAUUGUGA